AUGGAUGCAUCGUGGACUGAACUACCGCCAGAAAUCAUCGAAACAAUCUCUCAAAAGCUAACAAUCUACUCCGACUAUCUCCGAUUCCGAUCCGUCUGCCGCACCUGGUUUUCCUCCGUCCCCAAAACCCCUCUCCAUCUCCCACCCCAGCUUCCAUGGCUCAUUUUUUCUCACCAAUCCUUCUUCGACAUCUCCACCCACAAAACGCACCUCAUCAAUCUCUCUCUCCCUUCUCAUCGCACUCGAAUCUGCGGUUCUUCUCAUGGCUGCCUCAUUAUUCUCGACGAAACCCCUCAGAUUCGUCUUUUCAACCCCUUAACACGCGACACUCUCUUUCUUCCUCCGCUUAACACUUUCCCUAAUGUGGUAAGCUUCGAUUAUUCGAAUAUUGGUCGUGAGUAUUUGGUUAGAAACCCUAACGGUGAUUUGGGUUAUUUCAAUUUGAGACAAAUGCGUAACUAUUUCAUUAGAAAAAUUGUGUUAUCGUCGACGCGAGACGAUGAAUUCGUCGCGUUUGCUAUUGUUGAUGGGUAUAGUAAUUUGGCCUUCUGUAAAAAGGGUUAUGAUUCUUGGAUUUUUAUGAGUGAUGAGAUUUUCCAGUUUUGGGAAGAUGUUGUGUAUCAUAAUGGAUUGUUUUAUGCUGUGAGUAAGGGAGGGAUGAUUGCGGUGUGUGAUGUUGAUGUUAGGAGAGUUUCUAUAUUUCAGACGAUUUUGCCGGUUGAAUUCUCCGGGGAUAUCUUUUAUGUGGUGUUUUCCGGUGAGGAAAUGUUGUUGGUUACUCGGAUUUUGGAGCAAGAGUUUUCUGAUGGGGGGAUUGAAUCCCAUGAUAUGUUUGUGUAUAAGACGGCGGGGUUUGAGGUUUUUAAGAUGGAUUGGAAAGUGAUGGUGUGGAAAAAGAUCGAGACAUUGGGUGAUAGGGCUUUGUUUGUAGGUGGAAAUUCUUCGCUGUGUUAUUCGGCUGGUGAUUUUGUAGGAUGUUGUGCAGAUUGUAUCUAUUUCACUGAUGAUUAUUCGGAGUCUAAUCAUGAUGAUGCUUACGGGAAACAUGAUUUUGGUGUCUUUAGAUUGUUGGAUCAGAUCAUUGACCCGUUGCUGCCGAGUUAUCCUCGAAAUUCUUUUUCUUGGUUGGGAUGGCCGCUUCCAAUUUGGGUUUCUCCAAAUCCUUGCUAA